AUGCAUGAUAUAAAUUAUGUUCCACCUCUGUUGCUGAGGCUGCAUCAUAUGCUGGAGUUGUGGCUGUUGCUGUACGCCACCCACGAGUCCCACGCCGCCCACGCCCACGUUGCCCACGCCGCCUACGCCCACGCUCCCCACGCCACCUACUCCGCUCACGUUCCCGACAGGGCCAACGCCACCAACACCACUGGCGACCUGUUGCUGACUUUGGGCGUUCUG